UGGUUACAUAUAAUUCAAGAUCAAGGAGGUGAUCUCAAGAAAUUCUACUCUUUAUAUAAAAAUAUUUGAUUAACACAUUAAAAACAACGUGUAUUUUUAUCUAAUAAUAUCGUAAUUGAAAUUUUUAUUAUUCAAGUAUAUCUUUAAAUUAAAUUUGGAAAGAAGAUCUUAAGAGAAAUUGAUUUUUUAAAAUGGCUACCAAAGUUGGAGAUUAUAAAUUGGGAAAAAUUAUAAUUGAAGGCAAAACAAAACAAGUUUUUGAUUUACCAGAUCAUCCCGGCUUAUGUUUAUUAUUAAGUAAAGAUCGUAUAACUGCUGGUGAUGGUGUUAAAGCUCAUGAUUUAGCUGGAAAAGCGGAAAUCUCUAAUCAAACAAAUGGAAAAGUAUUUCAAGUUUUAAAUUCUGUUGGUAUUCAAACGGCUUAUGUUAAGGAAGCGAGUUCAAAUGCCUUUAUAGCAAAAAAAUGCGAUAUGAUACCAAUUGAAUGGGUCGCUAGACGUUUAGCAACUGGAUCAUUUUUAAAAAGAAAUCCAGGUGUUCCAGAAGGAUUUAGAUUUACACCACCAAAACAAGAAACAUUUUUUAAAGAUGACGCUAAUCAUGACCCCCAAUGGUCUGAUGAACAAAUAAUAUCAGCUAAAUUUAAAUAUAAUGGAUUAUUAAUUGGUCAACAUGAGGUCGACUUGAUGAAAAAAACAGCUCUUGUAGUUUUUGAAGUUUUAGAGAAAAUGUGGGAUACCCGGAAUUGUGCUUUGAUUGAUAUGAAAAUUGAAUUUGGUGUUGACACUAACGGCAACAUAUUACUUGCUGAUAUCAUUGAUUCUGAUUCAUGGCGCCUUUGGCCAUCCGGUGAUAAACGACUUAUGGUUGAUAAACAAGUUUAUCGUAAUUUAUCAUCAGUUACAGCAUCUGAUUUGGAUACAGUUAAAAGAAAUUUUAUAUGGGUAUCAGAACAAUUAAAUGAAAUAAUACCGAAAGGUGAUGAUCAUUUAGUUGUCGUUAUAAUGGGAAGUGGAUCUGAUAAAGAACAUUGUCAAGAGAUUGUUAAACAUUGUCAAAAAUUGGGUUUAAAAGCACAUAUGAGAGUUUCAUCGGCUCAUAAAGCAACUGAAGAAACAUUAAAAAUUAUGCAUGAAUAUGAAGGGACUGUAAGUCAAUUGAUUUUUAUUGCUGUAGCUGGUCGUUCGAAUGGUUUAGGACCAGUUUUAUCCGGAAAUACAACAUAUCCGGUGAUUAAUUGUCCACCAGUUAAAAAUGAUAAUGUUGAACAGGAUUUAUGGUCUAGCAUUAAUGUACCAUCUGGUUUAGGAUGUGUAACAGUUAGAUAUCCAGAAGCAGCAGCUUUACAUGCAGCACAAAUUAUUGGAAUGAGAAAUUAUUUAGUUUGGGGUAAAUUACGUGUUAAACAUUUAAACAAUUUUGUUACAUUAUUGACACAAGACAAAGGUGUUAUUGCUUUAAAUAAUUCAAAAGCAUAAUGAAAAUAACAGAAAUCAAAAUAUUUCAAUGCAUUUCAAUAAUUUUUACCUAAAUAUUUUAUAAGUUAAUUUUUUAUGUUUUUUUUCAAUUUUUAAUAAAUCAUCACAGUUGUUGUUGAAUUUUUUACUAUUCUAUAUCAAUAAAUUAAAUUUUAACUAUUUUUAA